UCCUUGCUGGGAGUUGAGGUUCUGAGGUAAACUGGGUGAGGACGGAGGUGCCGGCUCUGCUAUAAAGGGACAAAUCGCAGCUCAGUGCUCAGGAGCAGGCAGACGGACCAUUCAGUUUUCUUGCCCAUCUGCUCAGCAGCACCAUCAGAAUGGUCCCACGCCUUUGUCUCCUGCUCCUCACCUGUCUGGUGACCCUGUCAGUCUCCGUUCUCAGCCUGGACACACACAACCUGCACGUCUUCAAGAGAUCCAUCACUAAUAUCACAAAGACAGCUCCAAAGGCAUUUGAAGCUGGUCAAAUCCGGCUGGUGAAUGGCCCCAGCCACUGUGCUGGGCGGGUGGAAAUUCUGUACAACAAUGUCUGGGGCACUGUGUGCGAUGACAGCUGGGACUUAAAUGAUGCAUCAGUGGUGUGUCGGCAGCUGGGCUGUGGGGCUGGGGUAUCGGCACCAGGCACAGCUCACUUUGGACAAGGAUCUGGUCCCAUCCUACUGGACGAUGUUAAUUGCAGAGGAGGAGAAUCUGCCCUCACAGAGUGCACCUUAAAGCCUUGGGGAGUCCACAACUGUAACCAUGGAGAAGAUGCCAGUGUGGUGUGUUCAGCCAAGCCCAAGGACUGCAGUGAGAUCCCCUCAGGCAGCCCCAGUGGCAUCUACCUCAUCCAGCCCACAGGACUGCACCAACUCGUGGUAUACUGUGACAUGAACGAAUCAGCGGGGGGCUGGACGGUCCUCCAGCGGAACCGGCACAAUACACCAAUCACCUGGGCCGAGUCCUGGAGCACCUACAAGUACGGCUUUGGAAACGUGCAAGAUGACUACUGGCUGGGGACGGAGUACAUCUAUCGGAUCGCCAAGCAGAAGGUUUACCAGGUCAGGUUUGUCAUCCAUGAUUCAUCCGGCACCAUGAAAUAUGCAGACUACAACCUCUUCAGUCUGGAAGACGAGUCCAAUGGCUACAGGCUGAGGCUGGGCUCUUACACUGGGACUGCAGGGGAUGCCAUGAUUGCAAACAAUCCUAACUCCAUGCAUGACAACAUGAAGUUCUCCACUAAAGACCUGGAUCAGGACACUUACAGCAGGAACUGUGCGUCUAGCUAUGGUGGGGGCUGGUGGUACUCGGCUUGUUAUUCUGUUCGAUUGAACGUCAAAGGGAGCAUCACUUGGGGUAGUUUCUGUAGUGGGAACUGCCAAGCCUCUGCCAUCCUCAUCAAACCAGCCUCUUACUGUUAGUCACCCCUUCCCCACCCUUCUGUCUGCAGUGAGGCCAACCUCUGCUCCACAAAGGGAUGGAAAAGGGUCAGAGUGUGUCAUGGCCAAACCUCCUGCCCACCCUCACAGGCCCUCCUGGAGGAAGUAUCAGGGUUACCCAGGAAACGGGGCCACUUUCCUUCUCCUCUCCUUCCCUGCAGACUUUCCGAGCUCUUCUCUGCUGGGCCUUUCCCUUCUGGGUUGAGUCAUUUUAAUUAUAUUAAAAAUCAGAACAAUGAUUUUAAAAAAUUUUAGCUUCCAAAUGUAGCAGCUCCGGGGAGAGAAUGUGCAUGGCCUUGUAGUGACUUUUCUUUAUACACUUAGUUCUUGGCUUCAGUGGGUGGCCACACACAGGUGAGAAGGACACAAACCCAGACAGGUUUCCACAAACUUCUUUUUCUCCUUCCUUGUGGGCAUUAAAGCUUUAGAUUAAAAUUGCAUUUCUAGCAAUGACGUCUGCGUCAUACCCCCGUGCAGCAUCUCGGAUGUGCUCAUACAGUCUAACAUAGGUGACAAUGGAACAGGCAUUCUGCGCUC